AUUAAAUCAACCCAAGUUUGUUUGGAAAAUUGCUGGAGGUUAUAAUGCCGGCAUGUUCUCGAGUCCAUGGAUGGUUAGGGUGAUGGUAAUGGGAAAACAAACUUGUGGCGGCUCCCUCAUCACCUCUCGUUUUAUUUUGACGGCAGCGCAUUGCGUUUAUAAUGGAAAUAUGACGGUGCGCUUAGGGGAAUACGACACGCGGAAUCCCAGGAGAGGUUUCGAAGUUAAUGUCGAUAGGACACUGGUUCACCGAAAGUUCACAGAAACGUACGAGCAACAGUAUGACAUAGCCCUACUUCGAAUGGCGAAAGUGGUGCCGUUCUCAGUUCAUAUAAGACCGAUAUGCCUCCCCUUUAAUGUGGAAAUGAUAAAUGUUUCACGAUUUAAGGUCACUGGGUGGGGUAGGCUUCAAAAUGGUAAAAUGAGUCCCAUUCUGCAGACCGCUUAUAUAUAUGCUAAGGAUCGUCGGCACUGUGCCAAGAAAUUUGGUCUUGCGGUUGAUAAAACCCAGAUUUGCGCCGGAAGUAAAGAAAGGGACUCUUGCAAUGGGGAUUCUGGAGGCCCUUUGAGCGCAGAUAUGGAUUACAUUGGACAGGUUCGACCCAUUCAAAUCGGAAUUGUCAGCUAUGGAUCCCCAAGUUGUACUGGUAUAACUGUCUACACAAAUGUGUCGCACUAUAUGAACUGGAUUAUACAUGUUAUGAUUCGCAACUCAUAA